UUGGCUUACAUUGAAUGGUUCACACCAUUCAGGGAGCCAGACCCCUUCUCUGGCCUGCUUCAGGUAUCUCGUUCGACUCGACGACUGCAUCGAAAUGCAGCCGUGAUUCAUGUCGACGAAAUUCUUCGCCCAUGUCACCUAAUACCAAGGAUGGGACAA